GGUAAACACCUUUGCCACAUAACGUUUUCAGUCAGAGUUUAAUAUGGGCAAAGGCUAAACUUGGACAUACAUGUGUGCGCGAAGUAGGAAUUCAGGCUGUAGGUUAUAUGGUAGCCUUUAAGCCACAUUCGAGUUUUUCAAAUGUGGUCAAGGCAUGACGUGAAGUUUGGAGAGGAACGCGACAUAGGCCUACCUUUAGAAAAUGUGAACGAUUUAACUGAUGACUCGCUGAAAGUGUAUGUUUCUAAGUUAAGGGAUAGAGCAGAGCAAGAGGCAAACAUUUCAUGUGAACUGCAUCUUUCAGAUCACUUUUUAGUUAGGUUUCUAAGGGCGAGAGAUUUUGAUGUUGACUUAUCAUUUAAGUUAUUGGUGAACUACGUUAAAUGGAGAAAAGAGUGUCCCGAAAUAGCAUUAAAUCUUCACCCAUCGUCAGUGUUGGGUCUUCUGCAAAACAACUACCAUGGCGUACUUCGAUCUCGGGACCCUACGGGAAGCAGGGUUCUAAUUUAUCGAAUAGGGCGUUGGAAUCCCAAGCAUUUCACUGCAUAUGAGGUAUUCCGAGUCAGCCUCAUCACAUCAGAACUGAUAGUACGGGAGACGGAAACGCAAAGACAUGGACUCAAAGCUAUUUUUGAUCUUCAAGGAUGGUGCUUUUCACACGCUCUUCAGAUAAACCCCUCUUUGGCUAAACAUAUAUCAUCUGUACUCACGGACUCAUUCCCUUUGAAAGUGCGUGGAAUCCAUUUAGUAAAUGAACCUGUCUUAUUCCGUCCAGUGUUCGCAAUGAUCAGACCAUUCCUUCCAGAAAAAAUCAAAGCACGGAUUCACAUGCAUGGGAGCUCAUUCAUGCAGAACCUAUGUGAUGUCUUUCCCCCUUCCAUCUUGCCUCCAGAGUAUGGUGGUACUGGGCCUGCCAUAGAGGAGUUGUGUCAGGAGUGGGUACGCUUCAUUAUGGAAUCAGAGGAACUUCUCCACAGACUGUCUAUUAAUGGCGGGAGUCAUGAAAAAAACUAAUAAAAAAGCAUAAGGGGCGCUUUGCCAUGUAAAACGUGAGGUGCACUAUGUUUUCAUAAAAACGCAAAUGACGUUGGGCGCUUUUCCACUUUGAGUUGAACUUUUUUCAAUUCAAGGCUCUCAGGGCGCCUCUGCAAAAACGCGAGGCGUAGCAGGCGCAGAAAACACAAGGCGCUCUGGGUGCAUAAGCAGCACACCAAACGUUUACUGCCAAUACAAAACAACAUAAAAAAGGCCAACUUCACUGCAACAAAUGCCAAUACAAAACAACAUAAAAAAGGCCAACUUCACUGAAACAAAUGCGUCCUGUCAGAUCACCCCCAUAUUGUCCUCUUAACGGCUCUCAUGUGUUUCCAUAUCAACAAUCAGUCUUAAGAUUGAUCCCUUUUCUGUCCGUUUCAUACACCACUCCUAUUUGUCCAUAUCAAGCUUUUAACAGAUGUGCCAAAGAUUAUUGCAAAAUUACAAAAACAGGCAAAAUGUAGGAAUUCUAAUUCAUUAACUUCACUGGCAUUGCCAACGGCCUUGGGUUCAAACAUUUUAGUCUGACUAUCCAGCUUUUGUUGUACAUGCUUACAUGCUGUAAAAAAAUAUUAAUUAAGAGAAAUCAAGUUUCAGUGUUGGUGUCUGGUGAUGUCUGGUUGAUGCUAGUCUAAAGGUAGACCAUCACUGUCCACUGUUCAUUGAGGCCUGUCAACCUGUGAAAAUAAAACCAACAAACAAUCA